AUGGGAGUUAACGGCUCCGAGCACCCCCUUCUUGCAGUUGUUUCAAAUCCAAUUAAUCGUUUUUGCGAUGAAUUUGCUUCUUCAUUAUGUGAAGAUAUAAACACGAAAAAUACAAAGCAAUCACAAUCAUAUUUUCAAUCAGCAGACGAAGAAAUCGAAGGAUAUUCAAUUAUACGCAGAAUUGGUGAUGGUGCAGAAGCUGCUGUUUAUGAAGCAAUUAAAAAUGACGAAGGCAUAUCAGUUGCCCUUAAAAGAUACAAGAAAGUUAAUAAUCUUCGCGAUGGCAUACCUUUAGAAGUAGAAAUUGCAAAAAUGCUUGAUAACGACUAUUGCUUGAAAGUUUUUUCACAUUUCAAAUCAGUAACAGGUGAUUUUAUCGUUACUAUGCCACUUGCUCAGCAUGGCGCUCUUCAACCAUCUAAUAAACCAGAAAUUUCAAUUUCUGGGGCAAUACAGCUUGUUUACCAAAUAGGAAAUGGUCUUCAAUACAUGCACUCCCAUAGAAUAGUUCAUAGAGAUAUAAAACCACAAAAUAUUCUACUUUUGGACGGAAAUUAUGUUUUAUGUGAUUAUUCUGUAUCAGCAGUCCUCAAAUCAGAUGAUGAAUUACUUACAGGAUAUACAGGAUCCCCCAUUUUCAUGGCUCCCGAAGUCUCUCCGACUUUAUACAAGCCAAGACCACCAGAUUUGUGGAGUCUUGGCGUUACAGUUUACGUAUUACUUUUCGGAUGCUAUCCAUACAAGCUAGAGCGUGGUCUUGUCCAAGUAGAGCAGAACUACGUUAAAAAUGUCUCAAAAAGUUUAGAUUUAGGAGAUCUAACUUUUCCAGAGGUUCCAUCAAUACCUCAGGAACUUAAAGAUGUCAUUGCAGGACUCCUUGAAAAGAACCCUGACCAAAGAAUGACUGCAAGCGAUAUUUGUAAUAAUCCUUGGCUUGUUUCAGAAUACGAGGAAUCCCAGAACUUAUACAACUCAUUGGCAUCAUGA